AUGGAUUCAAGAACAAAGCUGAGCAAGAAAGAUGAAAGUCCUUUAGUUAAUGCUACGCUAUACAAGAGUACUAUCAGGAGCUUGGGGUACUUAGUGAGCACUCGGCCUGAUUUAGCUUACUCUGUUGGCAUUGUAAGUCGGUUCAUGGAGUCUUUGACGUCAAAACACCUGGGGGCUGUAAAACAAAUACUGAGAUACAUCAAAGGAAUCUUAAACUACGGUUGCAGGUAUGUCAAAGAAGAAAGAAAAGAGCUGAGACUGAUUGGCUAUUGUGACAGCGAUUUGGCAGGGGACAUUGAUGAUCGUAAGAGCACGUCGGGAGUAAUUUACUUCCUUGGAAGCAAUCCUAUUACGUGGUUCUCACAAAAGCAAAAAGUCGUGGCAUUAUCUUCGUGUGAAGCUGAAUAUGUUGCAGCAACUGCAGGAGCGUGUCAAGGUGUCUGGAUUGAAAGAUUUCUUAGUGAGCUGAGAGGUCAACAAGACAAGAAAACCCUGUUGAGAAUCGACAACCGAUCCGCCAUAGCUCUCACGAAGAAUCGGGUGCAUCACAGCCGGAGUAAACACAUUGAUGUCAAGUAUCAUUUCCUAAGAGAUUGCGUUCAAAAUGGUGAUAUCGAAGUCGAAUAUGUGAAGACGGAGGAGCAAUGUGCAGACAUUCUGACAAAACCAUUGUCAUGGGAUAAAUUCGAGAAGCGGCGCAUCAUGAUUGGAAUUAAGAACGUAAAGACAUUGCGACAAGAUUAA